AUGACCGGAACAAAGCGGCCCGGAAGAACCGUCAAGGCAUGCACCAAUUGCCGGCAGCAGAAGGUAGGCUGCGUCCUAAAUCGCUUUUCUUUCCACCCCGUGCUUACUCUAAGAAUUAGUUGCGGUGCGAUGCUAGCGACAAACCCUCGAAACAAUGUUCGCGAUGCAGUCGCUUGCAUUUGGAAUGCGUCGUCUUACGGACCUUCAAGCGGGUCAAGAAGAAAACCAGAACUACAGCAAGAAGUAGAAUUCUUGCGCGAGCAAAUGGCAAUGGGAGCCCCGACAAGCCCCCCUGUCGACGAUCUUCUCAUGCAGCCUGAUGCUGCAGAUCAAGAUGGAUCCACUCGCACAAAACCAAGACGUCGGGAAUGCUCUGCUGGAACCAGCGUUGCUAUCAGGAAUGUUACAUUCGCGGCACAACGCCAACGCAUCUCCGACAUCACCGCGAUCUCUGGACGGCUUCGAGGUGGAAGCUCACAAGAUCGACGACUGCUUUUCCUUGUAACGUUUCUCAUACCCCAGUCAACGAGCACGAGUCCUAAUGUUCAAUACAGAUUCUUUUCCAAUUAUGCUCACAUUCUGCCCAUUCUUGAUGCACAGGUCUCACCUGACGAGUAUUACCUCCGUUGUCCACAACUUUUCUGGACAAUUGUGGGAGUGGGCUGUCGACAGUAUGUCAGAGAUCCAACUCUAUUGACACGGCUAGCACCGUCAAUCCAGACUAUGGCUCUAUCUUCGUUGGCAACACGAGUGGCUGUUAUCGACAUGAUUCAAAGUCUACUUAUACUAUCUACCUGGCCAUUCCCUUUCAAUUCAGCCAGUAAAGCCAUGGUACAUAUAUUCAGCAGUGCGGCCGUGAACCUAGCUCAGCAGAUUGGCUUGCACGUUGUCGGUGUUGGACAGGAUUUUGCUCGUGUUAAGCUCAAUCCAAAUGAGACAGUGAAAGCGUACCGGGCACAAUUAUGGAAUUACUGUAUCAUAAUAAAUCAGAGUACCAGCUAUGCAGAUGGACUUCUGCCCAGUGUCUUAACCGCCAUGGAUAAGAACGAUCUCACUCGCGCUCACGCACUACUCUCUCCAGAUCUGCAGUACAGGCGCAAAAUUCAUCAAAUCGCCCUCGAAGCUACACAGGCCAUGCAGCAAGCUGGAUUAGCGGAAAGUGAUGGCUACAACACAGCACUUCUGCAUUCUCUAAUCGGCACCUUCGACCGCGAGGUGUCAAGUAUGCCGCCUUUGACAGGCACCAGUGGCAUGAACAGGAUAUAUUACAUCCUAGCGCGGCUGCACAUCAGAACAUUCCAUUUCUUCAGCACCAAUGGUCCAGACUCUUUCGCCCCACUACUCAGUGUCUACGAGACAGCCGUAGAAGCAAUCGAAACAGUAACCUCAAUAUGCACACCAGCUGCAGUUUGCACAUUUUAUAUACAUCGGAUGCUGGUUCUUGCGGCCUUGACCAUUCUGAAGAUUCUGCGCAGCGACAUGCAUAAACAAGCAGUUGACGUCCGAACAGGAGAAUACGCGUAUUUCUCCGCAAUUAUGUUUCUUCGACGGCUGUCCAUGGCCCAUGAUGAUAUCAGUGCGCGUGGUGCAGACAUAAUGGCUCAGAUGUGGGCUAGCGACUCUGUUUUUAAAGGCACUGAUGGCACACGAGACAGUCUCACACUGCGUAUUCGAAGCCGGUUGACAAUGAGUGUCAUAUAUGAUGUUUUCUGGUGGUGGCGUGAGGAGAUUGCCGGGUUGGCGAGCCCUUAUAAGGACAAACGGGACAAGAAUAAAACUGCAAGUGAGAGAUCAAAUACCCAUGCAAAUGACAACCAAGACCAGGAAAUGCAUUCAAAAGCCCCAGCAGAGUUUGGCAGUAUCCCAUACUUCGGCACCGAGUUUGACGACCUCGCAGAAUUCAGCUGGACAGGCGCACUGAAAGACGUGACACUGGACCAACCAGUCGAUGAAACGAUCUUUGGAAUGACGCCUGGCUCGAACUAA